AUGGAGGAGGAAAUUGGGAAUGAUGAGUGGCUGAUUGAUGAUUUUAUGUAUGGCGAAGAAGUAAAAGUCGAGCUUCGGGAUGAGGAAUGGGACGAAAGCACGGUACAUGAUUUCUACAAAGGUCCGAUGCCCAAAUGGUUUUCUGAUGAGGCCUUGGAACGUGACAGUAAAAAGUAUUACGUGAUGCCAGAAUCAGAGCUGCAUGACAAUGACUGGCUGCAACUACUCAUGGAAGUCGCCUUCUUCUCCAACUCAGAUCGUUGUUUGGAUGCUUACCUACCCUUGGAGCUCAAAAGUGUUGUUGUGGAAACUUUUGAAGAUGAGCCUCGUGACAAUCUCAUGGCAAACAGUGCAAUCUUCUACCUAAGUUACAAGUGUUGCGCCGAUCCUUGUUCAAAGCCUUUGGCUGGUGAUCACCUUUACAUUGUAAGGAAAACCAUGGAUGGGAAACCAGGCCACUUGAGUCUUGAAGUUGCUUUAAAAAAGAACAAGAAAAAAGAGUAG